AUGGCGUGGCGUGAAGCUUUGAAAAAACCGGUAGCUAAACCAACUGCACCAAAACCAAAAUUUGAUACUAAAGAUGAUGAUUGGGAAACUGAUAUUAAUUAUGAAAAUCAAACAAAUGAAAAAUCUCAACGUUAUGGUUCAACAAGUGUACCUGGUUCUGGUCGAGUAGAUCAUGUUGAUUUUAAAUCUCUUCAAGAAAAAGCUAAAACAGCUGAUAAUACAGUUAAACAAGUAUAUCAAGAUAAAAAUCCUAAUCGUGGUUAUGGAGGAAAAUAUGGUACAGAUCAAGUUAUGGAUAAGUCUGCAGCUGAUUAUUCAUACAGAGCUGAUGUUCAAAAACAUCCUUCACAAACAGAUUGUAAAAAAGGAUUUGGUGGUGCAUAUGGAAUUGAUGAACAUGCAAAAGAUAAAUCUGCUGUUGGUUUCGAUUAUAAAGGAGAAGUUGAAAAACAUCCAUCACAAACAGAUUUUUCAAAAGGUUUCGGUGGUAAAUAUGGUACUGAUCCAAAUGCACAAGAUAAAUCAGCAGUAGGUUUUUCUCAUAGAGAAACAGUACCAAAACAUUCAUCACAAACAGAUUUUUCAAAAGGUUUUGGUGGUAAAUAUGGUACUGAUUCGAAUGCACAAGAUAAAUCAGCCGUAGGCUUCUCUCAUAGAGAAACAGUACCAAAACAUUCAUCACAAAAAGAUUAUAAUGUUGGUUUUGGUGGUAAAUAUGGUGUUCAAAAAGAAGAACCUAGUCGAUUAGCAACUUCAACAACAACAACAACAACACCUUCUGAACAACAUGUUACUGAAAAAUCUACACAACCAGUUACUAGUAGUAUUGGUGUUGGUAAUAUUCGAGCAAGAUUUGAAAAUAUAAAAAAAGAACAAGAAGAAGAAGCUGUCAAACGUGUUGCUGAAGAAAGAAAUAAACGAGCUGUUCAUGAUCAACAAAGACAACAAUCAACUAAUAAUGGUCAUGAUAAAGUUAGACAACAAGAAAUAUCACCAGCACCACCAUCAACAACAACAUUUAAUCAACCAAUUCAUGAACCAUCUCCACCUCCUACUCCUCAAUUUCAAACACCAUCAUUACCAGUAUCUAGUCCACCAAUAUAUGAAAAUUUUAGUAAUCAAUUCGAAACGCAACAAUCAACAACAUAUGAAGAAAAACAACAAGAACCAGGUCGAUUUGCCGGUAAUGUUAAUGUAUCAUCAUCAUUACGACAACGAAAGACAUCAUCUUCAUCAUCGAAAAAUGAUGAUGAUGAAUGGGCUGAUGGUAAUAAUAAUAAUGAUCAAUAUAAUCAACAACAAUCAUUCCAAAGAAGUCCAUCACCAAUAGCAGUUACUCAAUCACAACAAUCAUCAAAUAAUAAUAAUAAUAAUGAAGGUAUCAAAUGUAUUGCUCGUUAUAGUUAUCAAAAAACUGAAAAUGAUGAAUUAGGUUUUGAAGAAAAUGAAAUUAUUACAAAUGUUCAAAAGAUGCAUGAGGAAUGGUGGCAGGGUAGAAUUGGUUCAAGAUCAGGUUUAUUUCCAGCUAAUUACGUUGAAGAAAUAUAA